AUGGCUCCCAAAGCCAAACCAGCAGCUCCCAAGCCUGCCCCCAGCCAGGAGAAGAGAGAAUUCGUACAUCCAUCAGCAAAACACGCCAGGAAACAGGCUAUCAAAGAUGCUUUCGCGAUCCAACCCAUCUCUGCCUUCUACUUCUUCCUAGCCGCCAAUGCCGUAGCAGCUCUCUUCUCCCCGAUCCAAGAUUGCGACGAGACGUUCAACUACUGGGAACCUACCCACUACCUCAGCCAUGGCUACGGUCUUCAGACCUGGGAAUACUCCCCCGAGUUCAGCAUCAGGAGCUGGUUCUACAUUGCUAUCCACGCCAUUGUUGCCAAUAUUCGCCGCCUAUUGCCUCACUCUAACAAGGUGGCCGAGUUCUACUUCCUCCGCUAUGCAUUCGCCGUGGGGUGCGCAUUCUGCCAGACCUUGAUGUGGCGCUCCAUCUGCCUGGCCCUGAGCCCCCGUGUUGGAAUCUUCUUCAUAAUAGCCACCAUCUUCAGCCCCGGAAAUUUCCACGCGAGCACGGCCUAUCUUCCCUCGAGCUUUGCCAUGUACAUGUCCUGUCUUGGCGCGGCCGCCUUCAUGAACUGGCGCGGUGGGAUCAAGACAGCGAUGGGCAUGUUCUGGUUCGCCGUAGGAGGCGUUCUUGGCUGGCCGUUUGCCGCGGCUCUUUGCGCGCCAUUCGUUGCGGAGGAGAUCUUCUUUGCUGCUGUCAGUGACCAGGAUCGUAUGUUUGAGUCUGCGCUUCGCGUUUUUCGUGGUGUUAUGGCCGGAGUUCUUCUAGUUGGCCUUGACGCUUCUAUCAACACCUUUUUCUACAGAAGGUUUGAACUUGUCUCUUGGAACAUCAUCAAGUACAACAUCUUCUCCGAGACCGGCGGCCCCGACCUCUACGGCACCGAGCCCUGGACCUUUUACUUCAAGAACCUGCUGCUCAACUUCAACAUCUGGUUCAUCCUUGCGCUGGUUUCUCUACCGCUGUUCCUCUUGCAGAAGCUCUUCAUGCGCUCAACAGGAGAGACUUUCCAGUCUGGGCUUCGUACCUUUGUCUUUUUGACGCCCUUUUACAUGUGGCUGGGCAUCUUUACCCUUCAGCCCCAUAAGGAAGAGCGCUUCAUGUACCCUGUAUACCCUUUCCUGGCUCUCAACGCUGCCCUGGCCUUCCACAGUUUCCUCACCUUCUUUGGUAACGCAAGCCCCAGGACGCUCGUGGGAAAGAUCCCUGCCAAGCUCAAGCUGGCUGUGGUCAGCCUUGGGCUCGUGGCGUCAGCUAUUGUCGGUCUUGCCCGCAUUGGUGGCAUGUACACUGCCUACCACGCCCCAUUGUCCCUCUACGAUCCGCUCUUUGAGGUCGGCGGACGGGGCGACACAGUCUGCUUUGGCAAGGAUUGGUACCGCUUCCCUACUUCGUACUUCCUCCCCAAGGAUAUGCACGCCAAAUUUGUCCGUUCCGAGUUCCGUGGCUUGCUUCCUGGAGAGUUUAGCGAGGCCACGACUGGGUUUGGCUUCUUUGGCGGGACUUGGCUGCCUACCAUCGGGUUGAACAACAAGAACGAGGAGGACAUGGGCAAGUAUGUCGACUUGAGGAUGUGUGUUUUCAUGGUGGACACGCAGUUCCCGGAGAGGGGGGAUGUGGAGCUUCCGCCGAAUGAGCCGGACUAUGCGAAGAAUGUGGAUCGGUGGGAGGAGGUCAAGUGUCUUCCUUUCUUGGAUGCGGAGAGCACACCGUUUUUGGCGAGGGCGGUUUGGAUGCCUGAUUGGGAGAUUAUUCCUGAGGGGUUUAGGAGGAAGUGGGGGAGGCAUUGUUUGCUGAAGCAGAGGAGGUAA